UAUCGACCUGUAUUGUUUUACUUUGCUAUUUAUGUUCUCAUUUUAAAAAAGUCAGAGACACCUUCAAGAGCUGAAUAUAUGUGCCUACCCUAUAUCAUAGAGUGGCCAAGCUAAGGAGAAAUAUAGGCCUAUCCUAUUUUUUUCUCUUUGUUGGAUGUGAUCAAUCAUGUUCGCGUGUAAAGACGACUGGAACUUGUCUUUCGCGGGUUGUGGGUUUCUGGGGGUCUACCACAUAGGGGUGGCCAGCUGUCUCCUGGAACAAGCCCCGGAGCUUGUCCACGGCUCUGUCAGACUCUAUGGAGCCUCCGCGGGAGCGCUGACCGCAGCUGUGCUCGCGAGCCGUGCUUCUAUUGCUAAGUGCUGUGAGGAGGUGAUUAGUUUGGCUCAGGAGGCCAGGAGUCGUAACCUGGGGCCGCUGCAUCCGUCCUUCAACGUGGUGAAGGUCAUCCGCUCCGGCCUGCAGCGGAACCUCCCUGACGACGCACACACACGCGCGUCUGGCCGGCUGUGUGUGUCUCUCACACGCGUGUCGGACGGAAAGAACAUCCUUGUGUCUGACUUUAAUUCCAAAGAGGAGCUUAUCCAGGCCCUCAUAUGUAGCUGUUUUAUCCCUGUCUACUGUGGAUUGUUUCCGCCCAGCUUCCGUGGUGUGCGGUAUGUGGAUGGGGGCAUUAGUGAUAACUUGCCCCAGGCAGGGCAAAAGAAAACCAUCAGCAUCUCUCCCUUCUCUGGCGAGAGCGACAUCUGCCCCAGAGACAGCUCCACCAGUUUCCAUGAGCUGCGCCUCACCAACACCAGCAUCCAGAUGAACCUGGACAACAUGUUCCGCCUCAGCAGGGCCCUGUUCCCCCCAGAACCUACAGUCUUGGCAGAGAUGUGUCAGAAUGGUUAUAAGGACGCUAUGCGCUUCCUGCAGGAGAACAAUCUACUGCGACGGGAUUGGCCCUCUGCUGGCCCCGCCCCCGCCGAUGACCCGUCAUCCUGGUGCUGCUCCUGCUCAGCUCAGAAGAACUCUGUUGUCACGGAAACAACAAAAGAGUGGAUUCUACGGCGGCUCCGUCUCAAGAGGACAAGGCCCCAGUGUCCCAAGGAAGAGAAAGUAGCCAACCUGCCCCCACCCAUCCGGAAAGUGUUCUGUGAUGCAUGCAGAGGAGGGCGGGGUUUGUAUGCGCAGAUGUCCGACCUGCUGCCCCUGCGGAUGGCCUCCUACAUGCUGCUGCCCUGCACACUGCCCAUCCAGUCUGCGUACUCAGCAGCCCAGAGGUUUGUGGAGUGGAUCCCUGACGUCUCAGCGGACGUGCGUUGGCUGGCUGAUGUAGCCGGGGCUGCAUACCAACAGGCCUGGAGAGGAGCGGAGACAGAGAGGGGCUCCUCAGACGCUCCAAUCAUGCAGCAAGAUGGACCCCCGUCCAUCUCCUCCAUGGGUUUCCGUGGUUACGACUGGAACGUCACAGACAGGCCGUCACCUCCCAGCAGCCCCGCACGCCAAGCCCCCCCCAGACAGAUCUGCCUCUUUGUGAGUCCGCAGGACUAGAGCAACGUCUGGACGCUGGAGUCCGCCAGAGCGCCAGAAACACACUGCAGUCCGCACUGCAGUCCGCCAGAGCGCCAGACAAACGCACCAACGAUCCGCCACCGCCUCCGUUGAAUGAUGUUGAUUGAUAAUAAAUGUUUAAGUUGAA